AUGCAGUCUGUAGUAACGUUCGAGAAGCCAUUACCGCAUUUAAGUCUGCCGGAUUGGGAUGCUCGACUGUACGGCUUGCAGGUUACAGCAGACACUAGAAGAGCUGACGCUUUUGAUCUUCGCCACAGCGCUCAUCAGCUCCGCAACGAGACAAGGAUAAAAACACAAUGGGAUAGCUACCAUAACGAUAAUCGACUUAGGGCAAGGGUGUAUGAAAUAGAACAAUGGAAAUCAACUCUGCAAGAACUCUUAGAUAGAUUGGACAGAGAGAUGAGUGCGUUGAAAGAAGAGAAGGCUUCGACGGAAAGAGAGUUAGAGCAACUAAACAUGCCUCUACUAGUUUGUUCUGAAUGUUUAUCGAACAGGGAUGGGAGAAGAAGCUCAGAAUUAACUUAUGAUUUAGCAGAUACCGAGUUAAAAAAGGAACUAUGCGUAACAGAGAGCAAUAAGAAAAUGCUAAUCGACCGAUGUCAGUCCGCGUGGGAGAAGAUCAACAAAUUGGAAGUAGUCAAGUUCAAAUUGCAGCUCGACCUCAACGAUAAGAACGAAGCCUUACAAAUUGAUAAAGACAUGCUCAAUUUAGAUAAGGACUGCGCUAAUAUCACUUACAAAACUGAUUCCCUUAAAACUCCGAGCAGGAUGAUAACAUAUGAGCAGUGGCUCGAAAAAUGUGAAGCGACAAAGAAGAUGGCGAUUGAUGAACUUCAAGAUACUCUGAGACUGAGAGAAUCGUUGUUUGUGGCUCGCGGUCGGGCAAGAAACGCGCUUAGAGCUCAAACCGACGUUACUAACUACAUGAUGAGGAGGCGGAUAUACGAUACUCAGAGGGCGAGGAAUGAACUUCAGUGGCAGAAAAUGAAGAUGGAAGAAAACAUGGACAAGCUAGCAAGCGAAUUGAAAACGAUUGGAGAACAAUUCGCGGACAAAGUAAACGCGUUGAAAGUUGCUGAAACAAGACUGGAAACUCGGGGUUACAGACCGGGAAUAGAACUCGCUUCCGACGAAGCUGAUGUGGGACUUAAGGAAGAAGUUCGCAAUUUGAGAGAAACAAUACGUCAGUUGCAAGAGAAGCAGGACUGUGCCAAGGCCACAUACAACGCCCUGGAGGCUGCGUCCAUCAAGAUAGCAAUAGAUCUCAAUGAUAAGGAACAAUCUCUCGAGACGGACAGGCAGGCCCUAGAAAUGAGGGCGGCCUUGGAACCGAAGCGCCCACAAGGAACUGACAAGAAUCUCAUCCUAGCAAGUAUGAAGGACGAAGUACCGAAUAUUGAAAAUUAAAGAUUGUUGUAGAACUUUUUUGUUUUGGAUUAUUUUGUAUUAAAUGUUUUUGUACUUUUUUAUUUCGAAUAAAUUGUUUAUGUCAAUACAAA